UUUUUUUUGCACUUCUUACGCAUGUACCUCAAGCUUCAUUGGAUGAAUUUGGGCCCUUAGCCCCAACCCCAGCACCAUUUCAGAUGAUGCUUUGUUCAGAAGCAUGUUGAGGGAGGCUGAGGGAAUGAAGAAUGAAGAAUGGGGCAGCUGUUUCCUGACUCCAUCAAACAGCAAACUCUAAAACACCUCCCCUAGUAUUAUUUCUUUAAUUAGUCAUUGAUUUUUUGCUACAGGGAAUUCCAGCUUGGUGGUUGCCAGGGCAACUGGAGGUAGCCUAGGUAGCAUCCUCUUAAUAUCCGCAUUCCCAAAGAGGGGGACCAGUCCCCAGGCAAUGGGCUUUCAUCCAGGGAGGGAUGUGUCAGCUGACCUCCCUAAUGAGAAAAGUCUUUAAGGGAGAGGAGAAGGAAAACAUCAAAUGCAGUGAGAAGCAUGAAUUUGCAACAACACAGUAACAAAGCUUUCCUCUCUCCCACCUCACUCCCCAACUAUCAUCUGAGGCCUGGCAUCCCUCUGCAAUCUGCUUUUAAUAUUGGGGGCUUUUUAGCUGGGAAAUUUCAGUGUGAGUUUUCUGUGUGAGUCCUGCCACACAGCAUUGCAAUGGAUGAGCAUAGCAGGGAGAAGGCAUAAGGGCAUCUGCAGGCUAGCAGAGGGAUGUGGGAUCUGAGGGGAUGGCUGGCAUCCUGCUAGAAGCUUGGUCCAGCACUGGUUCCAUUAACCACCACAGGCUCUCCUUAGGAUUGUCUCAGAAUAUUUGACCUGCAGAAAGGAUGAGCAAGAUAUAAAGACGAGAGCCCUGCAGUCACUAAAGGCACCUGAAGAGUGGGGGAACAUAUUGCACCCCCAGCAGCUCCUAUUGGAAUCAGCAGGUAUAAAAUGACCCAUAGAGCUUCCAGCUGGCCAAAAUGUAUCACUGGGGUCUCUCCAUACCUCAAUAGCCAUAGAAAUGAAGAGGACAUGGCUAAACCAGCCCUAGGGUGGGCUGCUUUCUCCCAGUGACUUUGCCCUCACUGUCUUAGGUGAUGGUGCCAGUGGUUUCUUGUCCAUGGUAUUUCUCUAGGUGAAAAUCCCCAGUGCUGCAGGAGGAUGACUCCUCUUCCUUUUACAAGGGGAUACCUUGGCUUCCUGCCUUUAUCAACAAAGCAGCUCGUGGGCAGCAAUCCAGAGGCAUUUUGGUGCAGUUUCAAACACACACUGUACACAGAACUGUAAAUGCCUGCGGUGUGUUUCUUUCCCCAUUUCAAAGAGAACUACUGAUUGUUGCACACAAUAAUAAAACAUGCCUGUACCUGACUAAGCUCUUUGCCAAUGAUCUGGCAAUGCAGGAGUCCCUUUCUUGGACUGGAAGAUGACCAGUAACUUUAUUUCUCCUAUCUUUUGUCAGAGCUAUUAACCAAGUAGCAUGUUUGCCUAUGAUGGUCUAUUCUGCUCCAUAAGGGAGUUUCCAACUGGUGCUAAUGGAUUGUAUUCCAUCUGCAAAGCAAUUGCAGAGCCAGUGAAGGAGAAUUCGUGGCAGUGCUGCGAGAAGGGAAGAGGCAAUAGAUGCUGUGCAAAGACUUCAGCUGAGCUUUGUGUACUGCAUUUCAGCUGUGUCAUGAUCUGUCUGUGCUGCUGGCUGAAGUGAUAGAUGUUGCAGCAAGAGUCACUGUAUCUGCCCACUUCUGGCAAUAAUUUUUGAGGCUGAUCAGGAGGGGAAUUCCCAUGUCAAAAGGGUUUGAGCAGGUGUAUAUCAAAGCCUAGCAUCAGUUUGCAAUCUUCUCUCAAUUCAUAGAAUCACAGAAUAGCUUGGAUUGGAGUAGACCCUUUAAAGGUCACCCAGUCCAAUUCCCCACAAUAAUCAGGAACAUUGUCAACUAGUCCAGAUUGUUUAGAGCCCCAUCCAGCCAGGACUUGAAUAUUUCCAGGGAUGGGGCAUCUGCCACCUCCCUGGGCAACCUGUGCCAGUGUUUUAUCACCUUUAUCAUAGAAGACUACUUCCUUAGAUCUAGUCUGAAUCACCCCUCUUUUAAUUUAAAACCAUCACCCCUUGUCCUACCACUACAGGCCUUAUUAAAAGUCUGUUCCCAGUUAAAUUAGGGCUUUGGAUUUUGUCCUCUUACUUUUGUUCAGAUGUUCCAUAAGGAGCCAAUGAAGGCUUUAGCAGUGCUCAGAAAGUAAAAUUUAACAGUAGUAUGUCUUUGGGCUUCCUGGUGUAUGAUUCAGCUCCCACCAGAGCUAAAACAAUUCUAUGAGGAAAUGAGCUGCACUUCUGAAGGAGAAGUUGGGAGGUCCUUUCCACACAGAGACAUCAAGCAGGAAUAGCCACUGGGUAGAAUUUGGGAGAAGAAAUACCAGUAGACUGGGCUGAUACCAAUGUAGAUACUUCCCUGUAUGUGAGAUAUUUAACAUUUGAGGUUUUGCAGUUUUAGUUUACAAGAACUCCCCACUGCUCUAACUUCCCCUGGUAAUAGAACAUUUCAGUGCAAUCCAAAUGCAGCUUCAUGAAAAAAUAAAAAUAGUAGUAUUUAUUUUAGGAGGGGCUGCAGAAGGCAGCAAGCUAUGUCUGUCUGCACAGAACCAGUGGGGAUCUGCCUUGAUGUCAUUAGGAAAGGGAUAUCUGGAAUAGUGUCUGCAGAGAAGAGCCCUACCCACUAUGUCCCUUCUGCACAUAGAAGUGUUUUCUCAAGAAACAGUUGAGAUGGGCUGAGGCUAGGGCUCAUCUUACCAAUUUUCUGUUGUAUCUAUAGAAUAAUGGACCCCGAAGGGGCCUUUAGCAAUGGUUUAGUUGCAGGCAGCUUGGCCAGAGCUCCAAUCUCUGCUUUCUGUUUGCAGGAGGUCUGGGAGACAAUUCCAUACAACUUACAUCAGUGAUCAGGACAGUAUUUUUGCAACACUUCCCUCUUUGCACUUUUUUUGCACGUUGGCAAGUAGUCCCCAGUCAGUCUCCUGGGAAUGAGAGCAGGGCCAAGAACACCAUGCUGAAAAGGGAGAGAAACUGAAUACAAGGGGUGGGUGAGGGGAGAUGAAGUGUGAAUUUCGAGGAAAUGGUCUUGGGAAGGUGCAAGGGCUGUGAGGAAGGAAUCUCAGCCAGAUCAAAGGUUGUGUGGGAAACAUGAUACUUGGAGGAAGUUAAUGAAGUGCUUUUAAACAGUGGUGGGAAAGGUAAGAGACCAAGGAGGCUGAAGUGGGGAUGAGAACAUUCAUUUAAAGGGAUUUAUUUUACUUUUUGCUUGUUAAAUGAGCAGUUGGCACCUGGGGUCUAUUUAUGGCCAGCAGUAUAUCCAAGGACCAGUGCUGAUGGAUCUGCUUGUCUGGCUUGGUGAGAUUUUUUGUUUCCAGCCUUCUGGAGACCUUGUUUGUAAGGCAUGGGGAGUCAUCACCCAGGACUGCAAUAGGAACCAGUGAGGACAGUCCUUGCUGCCUCUGCUGACGUGCAAGAUGCUGACAUGCUCCUAUGUACCCUCUCCAGAGACACAGCUCUAAGGAUUGUUUUGGCUGUCUCUUGAAACCAUGCAGCUAUUGUUGCCCUCUGUUGUGUGGGAGAACAAUGCAUUUCCUAGCCUGGUUCAAUUUGCUGCUUCUCCUUCCUUGCUUUGGUACUACAAAAACCUGCUUCCCUGGCUGCCACUGUGAAGUGGAAACCUUUGGUCUCUUUGACAGCUUUAGUUUGACCAAGGUGGACUGCAGUGGAAUAGGCUCACACAUUGUUCCUGUCCCAAUCCCUCUGGACACCUCCUACUUGGAUCUAUCAUCAAACAGACUGGAAACAAUAAAUGAAUCGAUGCUUACUGGUCCUGGAUACACCACCCUGGUGAGUCUCGACCUGAGCUACAAUAAAAUUGCCAAGAUUUCCUCCACAACAUUUUCCAAGCUUCGGUACCUGGAGUCCUUGGAUCUGAGUCAUAACUCUCUGGAAGUCCUUCCGGAGAACUGUUUCUCCAGCUCUCCUCUAAGUGACAUAGAUUUGAGCAAUAACAAACUUUUGGAUAUAGCUAUCGACAUUUUUGCUUCAAAAGGUCAAGGCAAAUCCCUGAAUGUGGAUCUAUCCAAUAAUAUGCUCAGCACAAUUACGAGGCACCAUGAAAAGAGCAUUCCCAACAUCCAGAAUUUAAAUCUUUCUGGAAACAGGCUAAAAUUUGUACCAAACCUUCAAGGCAUUCCUCUCCGAUAUUUAAAUCUUGAUGGAAACCCUCUGGUUAAGGUUGAGAAAGGAGACUUCACAGGGCUGAAAGACUUGAUUCAUCUAUCCCUCAGUGGCCUGCAUGGCUUUAGAGAGUUAUCUCCUCAUAGCUUCAAAGAACUUCAAGCUCUCCAGGUUCUAGAUUUAUCCAACAAUCCCAGCUUGAAGUCACUGUCUCCUGAAGUUAUCUUUGGUCUGAACUCCCUACAAGAGCUCAACCUCUCUGGCUCAGGCAUAUCAUCCUUGCCAAAGACUUUGCUGAAAUGCCUGCCUUCCAUCAAAAGCAUCACCUUGGGGAAGGACAUACAGUGUCUUAAGACCAUCAAAGAAGGACAGUACCACCGACAAAUUGGGCUGACCAAAAAGGAAGUCCUCAGUUGCCAUGACAGCCGUGGAUCCGUAGCAGCAGCACCUUAUGUUUUGUGAUGAAAGCUGGGCAGAAGAAGGGGUGGGGCAGGGAGGGUGGGGGACCAUGGGACUUGUACAGGUGUCGGACUGAGAUGGCUUGCCGUGUGCCUUUUGUAAAACUGUCAAUAAUUUAUAUAUUUGUAUUUGCCAAUAGUUGUUUGUGGAUUUUAUAAACUCUCAAAUCUCGGUCCGCGUUAUCUGCAGGCUCCGGAUUUUACCCGGCGCAUCGAGGUCCUCACUCAUCCUGUCGGCUCAGGAGCGGCGAUGCUGGAUGAUGCAGGGACAAGUCGCUCUGCAGGUCCCAGGGCAGAACACUCCAUCUGGAGCAAACCCUUCAUGCCUCAGAAGCAUUUGUAGGAGCAAAGCUACACGUCUGCAGAGCACACACCAAAAUGUACCAGCUCUGUAGCUGCUUGCUCACAAACCCAUGCAUCAUCCUUUUUUUAAUUAUUACUCCCCAAAAUGUGCCUUCUGGAUGUUGCCUUCAUUAGCAGCACCCUGUUUUCUGUCAUGCACUUUCAGUCUUGAAGAAACAUUUCCAGACAAACCUGAAUACAGGGUGCACCUAAUGUGCUGGGUUUUACAUGUUAUUUGCAUAGGUGUGCAAUGAACAUUGAGUAAGUCGAGACAUUUUCCCACCAAUUUCUCCUUUUUCCACCUUGAUCCUUUUCAUGUCUAAUUAACUUAGGUCCAGCUUUGGCAGCCUCCUGUCUUUUUACUCUCAAUGAGCCAUUGGUCAGAGAUGAUGUACAGCAGAGGAAGGGAAGCAGAGGGCUCUGCUAACAGCCACAUCUCACCCGGGAACUAGAUUUUGAUGAAGAAGAUUGCAAAGGGAAGAGAUCAUGUAGCCUAGCUCAGAAAAAAAAAAAAAAAUGGAAGAGAAUCCCUCCUCCCUUUCUGGGGAAGCUUGGAAGGAAACUUUGACAGGGCUUCUUUCUUGAUGACCUUAUCAAAUCAAGAUGCAGUCCUAGAGGAUAUGAGAGUAAGUUGUUUCCAGGCUGACAUUCCCCAUCCGAACACAACAUCUGCAGCUCAUCUGGGCGUAUGUAAGGCAGCUUGCAGUGCCAAAACACUUCUGACAAUGUGCCGGGGAAGAAUUAACACUGAUGCCGGUGGCCCUGGAGCACUUUGCUUAUCGGAGGAAAGAUCUUUGGGUUUUUUCCCAGAGUUGUGGCUUUUCUUUCUCUCACACAGCUCCUUGGUUGCCAAGUGAAUCUGAUAAACUGAAAUCUGAUAAAAAUCCUAGUCUUCAAAGUUUUACUGAUUUUUUUUCUCCCCCCGCAUUGCUGAAAUGCUGGCAGAGGGGAGCCCUUCUGGAGCCUCUUUUUCUCCAGUCUAGGAGGAAGUGGGAGAAGGCCGUAUAACAUGACUCAAUGCCAAGUGUGAAGCCUUCAAUUUGCUAAUUAGGAGCAGUGGAAGUGACUGCUGAGGUCUGGUCCACAUCUGGCAUGCUCUCUCCAGGGGCAUGGGAUGUUGUGGAUGGCGGUCAUGCUCAAGCUGAUCUGCAGUUUGGUCUCUAAAUCCAGCCCUGCAUCAGGGUCACUUUCAAUGUUUGAUUUAGGGAAAUCUGUGUAAAGGUGGUACAGAUAUAAACUCAUCUCACAACUGUCCUUGGGAGUGUUGGAAGAAGCUCAGGUUUUGUUCUCAUACCCUCAAAAUUCUUGGAAGGUGGAAACCCUGUUGCCCAAACCCACUGACUCCAUAAAAGUCAGAGUCAACACCUAACUUUGGAUACUGAAAUUUGGUACUGAAAUACUCCCACAUUUCCAUCUGUCUCAAUUUCAAUAAUUUGUUUGGGUAGCUCAGGGUGGGAUUUUCACCCCUUCCUUCAGUUUUGGGAAUUUUUUCCUCUAACGCUCCUUUGCGAUGUUUGACCAGCUUUCACAAUCACAGGAAAGGUUUAUUUUCUUAAAAAGGCAAUGGGGCUGCCUAUGGGCAGAGAUCUGGAGUGGGACAGAAACAAACUGCAAUGCAGGACAGGGGCAGUUUGUGAGGAAAGAUGUGGGGGUUUUACUGGAUUUUGCCUUUUUAAGAGAAUCAUUUUCUGCUGGCAGAAAAUGUAUUUUUUUUAAAGAAAAAUACAUUUUAAAAUACUGUUUACUUUUUUAAGCCUGUACAUAGAUGAAACAUUACGGUUAUCACCUACUGUCAAAGUUACUGUCUUAGUAGCACUGUGGUAAAUUUAAAACCCAAUGUGACAAUCCAAUUGAAGACUGCAAGAUUUCCUUGUGUAAUCUCAUGCUAGCUGCUAGCUAAACUAGUUUUAGCAAAAGCUGGCAAAUACUAUCGCUGUGUUAGUCUGUUUUUUUAAAAAAAAACCUCUGCAGCAUUGUAAGGCUUUGUGAUUACUCACAAUAUAAUAAAGUGAUUUGGAGGAGAAUAAA